GAUUCGCGAAAUUUUCUGUCAUGCGUCAUAAGUGCUACAGAAAUUCAACGAGUGCUGGUUGGAAUACGUCGCCAGACGGCCACGGCUUCUGUUUCCUAUCCGUUGGGAACCAACACGAUAUUCGCGUAAUCGUAACAAUCGAUCUCACACUGCUAGAAUUCGUGUUAGGAAACAUUUGGAUGACAUUAGUCCGUUCAGCAGAAAAUAUAUGCGUAUAUGGUUUGUGGCAGUGAUGCCCUCGUCGGAGGAGGAAAGCCAGUGGCUCGUUGGCAGCGGGGGUGGACCCGCAUCUUCCAGCGGUGGCACGAUAUCCGGAACUGGAGAACGCACGUUGACCAGUAGAGGAGGAUUAUACACUGAGGAGAUGACGUCUCAAUCGACGAAUACUAACACCGCAGGUGCGAACGCGGGUUCAGCCGAUUCCGCUGAGCAUGAUCUCAUUGACUCAACCACCGAUGCAACGCUUUUAGCACAGUUUCACGAAGACGCUAUCAAACAGGCUGGUGUUGGUUACUUCCAAGUAUUGGCUGCUCUGUGCACAGGCUUGAGUCUUGCAGCAGAUACUGUAGAAUUUUUUGUUGUACCAUAUAUUUUGCCAAGUGCAGAGGUUGAACUAUGUAUUGAAGAUAAUGAAAAAGGAUGGCUCAGCAAUAUUACAUUAAUGGGCCUUGCAUUAGGAGGAUUAUUUUGGGGUGGCUUAGGAGACAGGAUUGGUAGACGCAGAUCUUUAUUGUCUGCAAUGUCUGUUCAUGCUUUAUUUAGUGGUGUAGCCACUUUUAUGCCAACUUAUGGAACAUUUAUGUGUGCUAGAUUUUGUUCCGCAAUUGGAGUAGGGGGAUCUUUACCACUAGCAUUUGCAUAUCUAGCAGAAUGUUGUCCAAGAUUAAGCAGGAGUAGAUGGAUUGGCUUAUUAGUGGCAGCAGGAGCACUGGGAGGUGUAUAUGCAGCUCUUCUAGCAUGGGCAGUGGUUCCUACAACUGGAGAAAUGGUAGUUCUUGAAAACAAAGAACACUUCAGUGCUUGGCAUCGCUUCCUUUUACUUUGUUGUUUACCCGCAUUAUGCUCUACUAUCGGGCUCAUUUUCCUACCAGAAAGUACGAGAUAUUUGGUAGAAGCAGGCAGAGAUGUAGAAGCAAUGAUGGUUUACCAGAAAAUAUACAAAAAGAAUACCACGCGGAAAGGUGCAACAGGUGCACAAUAUCAACUUUCUGAAUUAGAGCUUCCAACUAAAAGGCCUCGUGGUUUGGCACCUCCAUCUCCUACUAAUCAUACUAGUGUUUUGGCUGAUAUAAUUUAUUCUAUUGAAGUGUUUUGGAAUUCCUUCCUGGAAUUAUUUGUAUCACCUCAUUUGCGCGUCACGAUAGUGCUUAUAAUUAUUUGGUCAACUGUAUCAUUCGGACUAUAUGGCCUUAUGGUGUGGUGCCCUGAGUAUCUCAAACUUAUACGCGCCACGGAAUAUAAAGCUCACACAAUAAAAAUUUUCGGGAAAGAAUAUAAAAAUCAAACAUUCAAUGGCUCUUUAGAGAAUUGUCAAUACAAAGAUUCGACAUUUUUAAAUUGCAAAUUCACGAAAAUGGUAUUCAGUCAUGUAGAUUUCGAUAACUGUACUUUUCAAUCUGUAGAAUUCAGUAGCAUAAAGUCUAGUAAAACUCAUUUUACAGACAGUGUUAUUGUACACUCGAAAUUUGUAGAUACAGAUCUAUCCGCACAAGUCUUUACGAGAUGUAAGUUGGAAAAUAAUACGGAAUUAAGUUUAAGCGGUCCCUGCCCGACUCUCGAUUUGGAUUAUAACAUUUACAUAGAAGAAGCUUUACAUGGUCAUCUCGUUGCUCAAUUGGCCUUCGUGCCUGCUGCUGUUUUAGCAGGAUUAGCACUCACUGUGCUUGAACGGCCAAAAAUGAUUGGUAUUUCAUUAUUCCUCUCAUCAGUAGCUACUCUGUGUUUAAUUCUAGUGGGCACAAAUAGUUCUGCAGUGCUUGGCUUCGAAGGUGGUUUUAUGGCAGUGUUUGCUAUUGCUUGGACGUCUCUUACCUUGGUUACAGUUGAGAGCUUCCCUACUCAUUUAAGGUGUACUGGUUUCGGUUUUAUAGCAGGUGUUAUAAGGCUAUGUGGUUUAAUAGGAACUACAUCUUAUAAAACUUUAGUUGGCGCACCUCUAGUUGCGCCUGCACUGUUAACUGCAUUACCGUUAUUAGUAGCUAGUGUCGCAACAUUCAAAUUGCCUCACACCCAUACAGUUUUUUUAUAAGGAUUGCGAGUAAGUGCGAAAAACGCAGAUGCCGUAUAAAAGACGUUUUUAAUUUGUAUUUUAAUGGAUCACUUGUGAACUGCGCUAAUGUUUUUAUUCAAUAUUUUCACAUGAUACGGAAAAUCUCGUGAUUCGUUAUGAAAUCCAAAAGUUCGGUUUCUAUCAGAAACGCUUGGACGAAAAUUAUAUAAGGUGAAACGUCCUGGACAAGUGCAAACUUUUGAAUUUGCAAAUUUAACAACUAAUGCUUUUCUUUCGAAGUGCGCCUUCGUACAAAGUGACAUAUCCUAAACUAGUAAAUGGAUCGAUAAAUCGUGGUUUACACAAAUAUUUGAGUAUUUAAAGCGCACAGAUGUUAAAGAGUAGCCGUCUCGUAUGCUAGGAUAUGGACUUUCUACAAGAUUUUAAUACAUGUGUUUUAAGCGAUGACAAAGGUUAUUGUUAUAGCAGAAAGAUCUUAGGAAAAAAGACAAAGGACGUACGGAGAUUUAAUAUUUAAAUCAUGUUACAUGAAACCUCAUGUAGAUCUUGUAUUCCGAGAUUUCACUCCAUCUAAUUUCAAAGCCAUUAUACGACUCAUUUUCUAUAGAAAAGAAGUCGUAAGAUGCACAUAUGUUUAUAAAGCUAUUUUAAUAAGGCAAUAGCCAUGAAACGUGUCAAUUGUAAUGGAUGUUAAGAGUGGAAGUUGUCAUCCAUACUGAUACGUCAACACAUAACAAGAAAAUUAAACACUAAAUAAUUUUGCUUACUAAAAAUGCAUUUGAAUAUUCAGAAUAGAAAAAUAUGGAAUGUUAUUCAUAGUGCAUAGAUCUUACUUUUGUUUAUAAUUAGAUUAGAGAGAUUAUGCAUGAUCCCAAAAUUAUUACAUUCUAAGCAAUUCGAUCGAGAAAGUUUGCCAAGGACAGUAUCGUGGAAAUUUUUAUAUUUACUAUUGCUGUAUACGCUUUUGCCAUUUGAGAAAUUAAAUAUAUAUGUAUACAUAUAUAUUCUAAGGAGGUAGAUAGGGAACCUCGAAUUAAAUAAUAUUAAAUUCUUUCUACUGUAAAGGGAAAAUAAUCGAAGAAAGACAUAUUCGGUACUUUUGCUUUUCAACAAGAUCAAGCAGCUUACAUUCACUCUAGACGCUAGACUCGGCUAAGAGGCAUUAUCCAUGUAAUUCAUGUAAAUGCUGCCGUUCGAAUCUUAAAUUCCCUCAAACUGAAGACUUUGAACUCGAGAGAUAGAAGCUUUAGCUUCGUUUAUUAUAAAUCCGAGAGAUUAUCGCCUCUAGUCAACUUUUAAUCAUCUUUAAGCUUACAAAAUACGAAUAAACUAUAAAAAGAAAAAUGCGUCAAUCUUUCUAACACUUGUAACCGAAGUAGAUGACAUUAUUUUCUACAAAAUCAUGAAUGUACACUGAUAUCAUCUUAAUUGUAAAGAUCGCUAAUUACAUUUUGCAAAUACUUGGCUAGAAUUUUACUGUCAUUGCGGGAGAACGACCGUGAUGACAUGCCAAAGCUGAAAAAAAUACUGGUUCCUCAGAACGGAUAACUAUUUUUAGGCAAUAAGAACAUAAAAUAAGUUUUACUGAGAUAUCUCAAUCUUAUCGAAACUUAAAAUAUAUUACUAAAUAUUUAAGGAAGUUUAUUAGUGAGAUAAAUACAAACUGCUGUUGGCAAACUUAAUCAUAUAAAAAUCUACGUCCCAUCAUGGUUAGUGAAUUUUUCAUAUCAAAUUGUUGGCAUCUAAUUUAAAAACACCAAAAAAAAGAUGUUAAUGUUAUGAAGCGCUAUAGCUAUAUCGUCAUUUAACAAGAAGUAGAAACGUGCGCAAAUUAAAAUUGUUUUAUUACUCGCACAAGUUUUCGUAUAACAAUUCUAUCUUUUAUCACGAAGCAACAACGUGGUAAUUUUAGUGUCUACAAGUACUGCUGCUCGUUCCUACUUCUGCAAAUUGUAUUUGUGAACUUGACAGUGAAACAAGCCUGUGCUGGCAUUGCAGUGCAUAAAAUUAAUUACUCGUAUGAAUAGAAUAAUUUUUUGCAUUUGAAACAGUAGACUUAUGUUCAUAGAAUUAAAUGUUUUUAACGUCUUUGAUUUUGAGGCGAUAUAAUAUCAAAGUUAGUAGAUUUGUAACUGGUUAUCAUAGAAGGUUUCCAAAGAAAUCUUUGUUAAAAAAGCUUGCCAGCACAUACGGUUUCAUAUGAUUAAAUCUAUACUGCUACACUAUUAAAUUCAUCAUCGCCCGUAGAUAAUAUAUUUUAAUCGACAUAUCACUUAUGAACGAGCACUUUAGAUUCGUAGGCUUUAAUUAGACUAUCAACUAAACGUAUUUAGAAAUGUGUACCAGGAAUCGUAAUGAUGAAAUUUCAAGUCGGUAAAAUAGCGGUAUACGUAUACAAGGAAACUGCUAAAUAGUCAUUGAAAGUUGAGGAUUUCUUUUAGCGAAUACGAUUGAUUAUCAGUACACGGAUUGAUUAUCAGCGGAUCGAACAAUGUAAUUGCGUUAGAUUGUGUUUUAACAUGGAAAAUACUCGUGAAAGUUAUUCGAGUGAUAUUUAGUGCAAUGUUGUAUCGUUAAGUAUAAUUAUUAUUUUUAUCUUGUUGGAUAACUGCACAAGCAUGAGCGAAUGUUUUCCUUAUUUUAUUAUAUAUGGAGAACUGACUUUGUGAAAAAUUAAUUAGUAAGAUAUCCAGUCUUUUAAUUACUGCAUUACAUUAUGCAGAGAUAUUAUAUCAUCAGUGUACAGUGUUUUCUUCUGUACUCGGUAGUAUAUUUUACAGUAGAUAUUUUAUCCCCUUAUUUUAUUUUAUACAGACUGAAAAUAAGGAUCAGUUGAUAAUCGCCGUAUCUUUUGUUUGUUUUUACAACAUAGACUGUUUUUUAACCUUUAAAUGUGUAAUAUUUAAUUAAUUAGAAAGACAUAAAUAUAUCGUCCAGUGAUAGAAAGGAAGACAUUCAAAUUCUUCAAGACUUAAUUCUGGUUGCGCUUUCUAUCAAUUUCUACGACAUUUUAAUAAGCACUUGAUUUUGUUUCAGAAUAAAACAAUUGCAAUCUUUAUUUUCACUUUCCAAAAAAGACAUUCAUCGUACUAAAUUGCAAAUUAUAAUAUUUAUAUGUAGCAUUUUUAAUCUAUACCUGUUUUGCAUAACUCAUUAAUGUUUUCACAAUUGGUUUGUUGGUCGCAUAUGAACAAUUUCAGUCAUUAUUAUGAAUGAAAGAUAAUAUCCAUCAAAUUAUGCAACCAGUACUUAAAAAAAGUAAAUUACAAUACACUAUUUGCUAACACCUUGACUCAUUAAGAAAUAUUAAUUUGAAACAGUAGCGAGAGUAUUACGUGCUAGAACAUCUGUUUGAACACUUAUAUAGAACAUUCAGUCGAUUUAAUAGAGACUGUUAAUUAUAAGAUAGACUCAAAAUAAUGAAGUAACUUUCCCCUUAAACAUUUGAGCAAUUGCAUUAAAAAUUUAUUCUUUUUCUAUGCUUUAGUACAUUCACAAAACAGAAACAAUUCUUUCCUUUUUUAGUAUGAGUAAAAGUAUUUAAUCUUUUGUAUACGAAACAUUGUAAUAUUCGAAUUGCUGUUUUUGGAAAUUACACGAACCUAAGUUGGAGAAGUCAUUUGCAUAUUUUUUAAAGACAUUUCUGAUAGUUUCUGCGACAGUGGCUGCGAUUUUUUGAGUAGCUUUUUUUCGAGGGAUCCAACAACAGAAUGUAAUAGAAUAGAAUGAGUCGAUGCUUUGUACGAGAUACGUAUGCGGAAUUAAUAAUGAAUCGAUUAAUUGGUAUUACAGCAAUACAUAUGUAAAAAAGAAAAAAAAAACAAUUGUUGAAACGGUCGCAAUUAUAGUUUAAAGUAUAUAUAUAUAUAUUUAUCUCGCAAUACUUUUAGAACACUCAUUUUACGACAAAAAUUUGUAUAUAAUUUGUAAGAAAAAAAUCGACAUGCUCUUGCAAAUUUCAUGGCAAUAUGUAGUAAAUUAUUCGUAAUAUUAACUGUCAUAAUAAUUAUCAUUGUUAUUAAUGUCAUGUAUGGCUCAGGCACUUCAAUUCAAUUCGAUCUCUCGAAUCAACAUAACUUGCAUAAUUAAAAAAAGGACACCAGGUUUCGAGAGAACUUCAAUAUUAUUUUUUUUAUAAUAUCGACGAACAUAGAUAUGUUUAGAAUUAUUUAAAGGAAUCAUAAAGGAAGUAUUCGAAAAAAAGAUGCGAGCAGUUGCAAUUCGAAAAUCGAAUUGGACAGUAUCCAGAUACUAUGUAUGUAUAUGUAUGUCUUUUAUUCUACUGUAAUUCUAUCAGAAUUGACCGAAGUAUUCAAAAAUAGUCGAACAUGGAAAUCCAAAUUCAUCAUACCCUGUACUCGCUCAGCUUUUUAAGUUAGUAAAAAAUAUAUUUGAAGCGAUCGGAGUGAA